AUGGCAAGCCUUUGGCUGUUAUCGUAUCGUCUCCCCCUCGUCAUGAUCUUCCUUUGUGCAGAUUGUUUUGUGUCACACCGACAAAUUGUCCACGUUUCAUUAUUUGGAAAUGACACGGAGGCAUGCGGGGCCAUGGAAGCACCAUGCAGAACAAUAGCAGUGGCAGCAUUGCGAGUUGCGUCAGGUGGAACCAUUGUCCUUAAUGGGAACGGGACAGACCAGCAACCGUUCGGCUGUAAGAAACUACUUACGUUGCAUUAUCGUGGCAUCCCGCAAAUAACAAGGAACGUAACGAUAACUAGUUUAGACUUUACUCGAGCCCACAUACGAUGUCUGACAGGGUUUUGUUUUAAUCGGUCAGACCAAGAUCUACGAGUCACUUUAACUGGAAUAACAUUCUUUGAAACACCCCUGAGAUUUAUAGACUGUUUUGAAAUCACGCUUAUCAACUGCACCCAUCAGAACGCCACUGAAGCUGUCAUUAUAAACACUACAGCUAGCUCAAUAGCAAAUGUCACCAUUCGAGGUUCUCUCUUUCAAAACAACUCUCUUUGCGCGAAAAUACAAUUUUUUGGAGGCUCUGAGACAAACUUGAAAUUCUCUUUAGAUAUCGAGGACACUAAAUUCCUGAACAAUGGGAUUUUAGAUUACUUCAAAGCCUUUUACAGGGGUGCUCUUGUAUUAAAAAGUAAUAUUUCUCGCAAGAUUGAUCUGUCUAUCACUGUUGCAAAGGUAAAGGUCACUGACAGCGGCGGCCAUUUUCUAGCGAUCGACCUCCCCACAGCUAGUACGUCAGAGAAGUACGAUGACGUCGUCCUUGAGCGGAACAGCUUCGUUAUCUCUCAGAGGAAGUCUCGUAGUCUUUACUAUUCAAUAGUGCAGAAAGCCAAAGUAACAUUUCAUCGUUUACAGUGUAAGGAUAAUGAUCAGGUUACGUGUUUAACAAUCUUUGGAAGGAUAAAUGGAACAGUUUUAGUCAGAGUUCACGAAUCCAGUUUUCACAAUAACAGUGCAUACCAAUCAGGGAAUAAAGUAUUGUAUGCGGCAAUCUUUAGAGUUGCGGGAAGCGAAAGUCAUUUUGGAACUGUCAUAAUUUCUAAUACAUCUUUUGUCAAAAACAAUCGAACGGCUCUAAGCUUAACUCCUAAUUUUUAUUUAGCUUUAGUCAACGUAACCGUGUCUUCUUCGCUGAAUGGUUUGAGAAUCUUCCCCUGGGACCCGCAAAAUAAAAACAAUUUUCAUCUAAAUGUUACUAUUGAAGGCUGCAAAUUCCAGAAUAACACUUACGACAUAUCUGGAGUAUUUAACAACACCAUUAAUAUCGACUUUCGGGUGAGAAACACACUGUUUGACGGUAAAGAAGUACAGAGGUACGAGAACACCUCUUUUGGUAUCCGUCUUAUUAUACCUCGUUUGGAGAGGGCAAAUUUUUCUCAAGCAGCAAUUGAAAUAGAAGAUGUGACCUUCAAAAGCAGGCCUAGCAAUUCGUUUGCGUUCUUCUCCAAGGGUAACCACACGAUCAAGAUUCGCCGUUGCUUGUUUCGAGAAGGGUUUGGUCUUGAAAUAGACGAAUGGACGAGAACAUAUUACAAACACAUGCCCACUUAUAUGAACAGCCAAGGGGCACUCAUGUUCCUUUUCGAUACGGAUGAAAUAGAGAACAGAGGAUGUGUCGAUAUUGGUGUGACAAACGAUACCCAUCGCACGUGGAAAUACUCCAGUCACGUCUUGAUCGAGGAUACCUUGUUUCAAAAUAACCUUGGACACAUGGCAGGGGCUGUUCAGAUCAUCAAUGGCUAUGUUAAAUUUCGAAAAUGCAAGUUCAUUAACAACUUUUCCUCGGGAAAGACAGGACAGAUUUAUAUUGGAUUGGGAAGCGCCAAAGUUGAGUUUAACAGCUGCGUGUUUAAACGAACGAAACAAAAAGAGGAGUUCCGAGGGAUUACGUUUACUUUCAGCAGAUUUUUGUAUUCAGAGAGUGGAGGUCCGUUAAAAAUACUCAACACCUCUUUUCACUCCGGUAUGGGCAGCAGAUUUCUGGACGGGCAUGUUCUAUAUAUAUCAUCUGGAGGCUACUUCGAGAUGGACUCCAGCUCAACAAUCCAAUGUGAAGUUGGCAGCGAACUCGUCUUCUACAAUUUCUCUCAUUUUAUUUACUACGGAGGAGAUGAUAGACAGUUUUGUCCAAUCAAUUUAACAACUGAGUUAUUUAAAUGCAGAAUGUGUCCCUAUAGAAAGUACAGUCUUCAACGUGGUUUCUCUAAAGGACUAGAAGUCAGCAAAGGCUUCAGAUGUCAAAGCUGUCCAUUUGGUGCCCACUGCCAUGGACUCAACAACAUUCUGGCAAAGCCCAACUUCUGGGGCUACAAAAUCACCAAUGCUAGUAACAUUUCAUCCUUAAAAUUCGUACCUUGUCCAUGGGAGUAUUGUCAUCCUCAACGCAAAGAUUUAUAUCACGGUAAUGAUUACAACAGUUGCCGUGACUUUAGGUCCGGUAUCCUGUGUGGAAGAUGUGCCACAGGAUACUCAGAAACGCUUUUCUCGUCAGAAUGUCGACAAUCCCACAAAUGCAGAUGGAAUUAUCUUUGGAUUCUUAUGGGACUUUACACCGUAUUGUUUACCAUUUAUCUAUUGAAGAAGCCUCCGCUCGUUCUGUAUUUGAAACGUCAAAUUUUGUGGUUUAAAACAGAUCGACAGACCCCUUACGAGAUGGAGGAACGUUCAUCUCUGCACGGAGCUGAAGAACCGGAGUAUGGUUAUAUAAGGAUCUUCUUUUAUUUUUACCAAGUUGCAGAGUUACUUCUCACUGAAUCAUUGGAGAACACAUUGGCCAAUGUUCCCUAUAUUUCCACCUUAGUUGCUGCUUUUAACUUUCAAGUCCACGUUUUGGACGAAAACCUCGGCUGCCCAUUUGCCGGCCUCACAGCAGUGACCAAAGAGCUGUUCCUAUCCUCCCUCGUUUUUGCUGCUAUUGCGCAAGUUUUCAUCGUUUACUGUCUUCACAGGUCGCUGAAUCUGGUAAUGGGAAAGGGAAGACCAUCAUUCACUCAUUACAUCGCGGUUGCUGUAGAGAUUUUGUUGCUGGGCUACGAGCGCCUAGCAGAAACAUCUCUUAAACUCAUGCAGUUCCCGUUUGUCGGCGUUCUGUAUUGGGGUUCUGGUCUGCUCUACGCCAAAGCCAUUUCAUGGAAAGAGUUUGUUGGUGCUUGCAUUGUUCCCCUUCCGUUUCUCGUUCGCUGGCUCCUCAAAAGUGUAUGCAAUAGACAGUACCGCAGACAAACUCAAGUACGCCAUGAAUGCACCAAUGAAAUAUCAAAGAUAUUGCACGGUCCCUACCGCCCGCCACGUGAAAAUGAUAACGGCACUCUCUACUGGGAAAGUGUUUUGAUAGGCAGCCGGCUCGUUCUUCUGACAUUCCGCGCCUUCAUUCCAAAUUCCAUGAUCUGCUUCGUCUGCUUGUCCGUGGCCUGUAAUCUGAUGUUAGUCCAUCAUCUCGUCAUGAAACCCUUCCGUCACCCAACUGCAGACAAACUCGGAGCGUUGUCUUUGAUCACGUUGGUCUGUGUAGCUGUAAUCAACCUUACAGCGGCCACUCUUUCCUCUUCUGCCACCGAGCCUGAGGGACCCGACAAGCAUGUUAUGGUGGUGCUUCGGUGGAUCCUGAUCACCUUACUUUGCUUAUUUCCUGCGAUAGUUGCUGUCCUUUUCCUUUUCGCACUUCUGUCACAACUGGCCCGUCUUGUGCUGUUCCUCAAAAGGAAGAUAUGCGCAUUUUUUUGCCUGAGAAAAUCUAAUUACGAGUUUCUAGACGAGAGAACCGCUUUGCUAACUGACUGA